AUGGCUAUCGUCGAAGCUUUUGUUGGUGCAAUUGUCGAUGGUUUGGUUGAGAAGCUGGCCUCUGGUGAGCUGCUGAAAUUUCUGCGUCGUGUAGGAAUCGAUGCCCAGCUGAAAGGAUGGCGUACAACUUUGUUGAUGAUCCAGGCCGUGCUUACUGAUGCUGAAAACAAGCAAACAGCAAACAAUGCUGUGAAACUGUGGCUGAACGAUCUGGAAGAUUUGGCUUAUGAUCUUGAAGACUUAGUGGAUGAGUUGAAUACUGAAGCUUCGCAGCGCAAAUUAAGGGAAAGUAAAGGCAGCACCAGUAUCAUAAAAAGGAUGAAAUUUUGUUACGACGAUUUCUUGUCUGAUCGCGGGAUUGCUUCCAAGCUAAAAGAGAUUAGUGGCCGGUUGGAAGAUCUGAAAGAACAGAAAAAUAUGCUCAAUUUGGUGGAGAAUGUGAGGGGGAGGUCUUAUGAAAGAUCGCCAACAAGUUCGCUUGUGGUAGAAUCGGAAGUUUAUGGAAGAGAGGAGGACAGAGAGAAAAUACUCGAUAUCUUAUUGGGUGGUGGAUCAAAUAAUAGCCCAAUAUUAUCUGUGAUUCCAAUCGUGGGCAUGGGUGGUGUCGGCAAAACAACUCUUGCCCAACUUGUGUAUAAUGAUGAAAGAUUGAAGGGCAGGUUUAAUCCUAAGGGAUGGGUUUGCGUUUCAGAUGAAUUUGAUGUUGUAAAAGUAACGAAAAACAUUCUCGAGGCAGUUUCUGGUGAAAAGUGUGAUUACGAAAAUUUUGAUAAGCUUCAGGUCAAACUAAAGGAAACCCUUUCAAAGAAGAAAUUUCUAGUAGUUCUAGAUGACAUUUGGAAUGAAAAUUAUGGAAACUGGGAUAUCCUACGCCGUCCUUUUCUUGCUGGAAAACCUGGAAGCACAAUCAUCAUUACAACUCGACAAGAAGGGGUGGCCAAAAUCAUGUCUCAAUUUCCAGCAUACCACCUGAGUUUGUUAUCAGAGAGCGAUGCUUUAUCAUUGUUAGCUCAACAUGCAUUUGGAACUAAAACUUUUGACGGACAUUCAGAUUUAAUAGAGAUUGGUAAAUCUAUUGACUAUGAGGUUGAAAAGUCCGAUCUAGUGUACCUUUGGAGGGCUGAAGGGCUUUUGCAGGAAUCAAAGAAAGAUACGUCAAUUGAAGAAGUAGGUAGUCAAUAUUUUGAUGAACUGCGUGAUGGAUCAUUCUUCCAACAAUCAAGUGUCAAUGCUUCAUGCUUUGUGAUGCACGACCUCUUUAAUGAUCUAGCUAUGUCUGUUGCUGGUGAUAAAUGUUUGAGGAUGGAUGAUGAGCUGAAGGAAAGUCUUCCUGGGAAGAUUUCCGUGAAGGUCCGUCACCUGUCAUUCAACUGCAGUCCGUAUGAAACUUACCCUAGAUUUAAUUUUCUCGACGAAGUUCAAAAAUUGAGAACUUUUUUGCUUCCAACUGUUGAGUCGUCUUUUUAUUCCUUAUCCCGAAGAAUUUUGCUUCACCUAUUAUCGAAUUCGUACUGCUUAAGAGUGCUAUCCUUGAAUGAUUAUGAAAUAUACGAGUUGCCAGAUUCUAUUGGUGAUUUAAGACAUUUACGAUACCUAGGCCUAGCUAGAACCAAGCUGAAGUGUUUGCCAGAAUCUGUGUGUGCCCUUAUCAACUUACAAGUGUUGAUUCUAAGAGGUUGUUCGGAUCUUACCAAAUUACCCACAAGCAUGGAAAAUCUUAUUCAUCUUCGGCAUCUGGACAUUUCUGGUACUGAUCAAUUACAUGAGAUGCCUCAAGGAAUUGCUGAACUAAGAAGUUUGCGAACGUUAACUAAGAUGACGGCAAGUGAAAAUAAUGGAAUGAGGUUAAAGGAGUUGGGCAAUCUAUCAUUUCUACAAGGUGAAAUUUCAAUUGAGGAAUUGCAAUAUGUUGUUUCUCCAGGUCAUAGGCGUUGA